AUGUCGUCGAAUACCUUAUCUGCCCAAGAAAAAUAUGACCUAAUAACAAGAAAUUUACAAGAAGUAAUCGGUGGUGAAGAAUUAUUGAAAAUCCUCGCCGAAAGAGACUUGAAGCUUUAUUGGGGCACAGCACCGACGGGAAGACCUCAUAUUGGUUAUUUUGUUCCAAUGUCGAAAAUUGCAGACUUUCUUUCGGCAGGAGUCGAGGUGACCAUUCUUUUGGCUGACAUACACGCUUUCCUCGACAAUAUGAAAGCUCCACUCGAAUUAGUUAAAUUUCGUACGAAAUACUACGAAGAACUAAUCAAGGCUUUACUAGAGUCAAUUGGUGUCCCAAUUGAUAAGUUAAAAUUCGUAGUUGGCUCAAGCUAUCAAUUAACCGAAAAGUACAAUAUGGAUCAGUAUCGACUCUGUGCUACAGUAACGGAACAUGAUGCCAAGAAAGCAGGCGCCGAAGUAGUAAAACAAGUUGAAUCUCCGCUACUUUCCGGUUUACUUUACCCUGGACUACAAGCUCUCGACGAAGAAUAUUUGGGUGUGGACGCGCAAUUCGGUGGCGUUGAUCAACGAAAAAUUUUUGUUUUUGCCGAAAAAUAUUUACCACAUCUUGGUUACAAAAAACGUGCACAUUUAAUGAAUCCGAUGGUUCCUGGUCUCCAAGGAUCGAAAAUGUCUUCAUCGGACGUAGAUUCAAAAAUUGAUCUUCUUGAUGACGAAGCAACUGUCAAUAAAAAACUAAAAAAAGCUUUUUGUGAAGAAGGAAAUAUAACUGAUAAUGGUGUUUUAUCAUUUGUUAAGUCGGUUUUAUUCCCGCUUGGUUCCCUUAAUGGACAAACACCAAAAUUCGUGAUCAAACGACCAGAAAAGUACGGGGGAGAUGUUACCUAUACAGAAUAUCAAUCAUUAGAGGAUGAUUUUCGCGAUAAAAAAGUUCAUCCCGGAGAUUUAAAAACAUCAGCAGCAUUAGCAAUUAAUAAUCUGUUAGGUCCUAUCCGAAAGAAAUGGGCUGAUAAUCCGGAAUUCGCUAAAUUGACAGAAGAUGCCUAUCCCGAUACAAACUUUCAUCUUGUAUAUUAA